AUGUCUCGAAAAAGGCCAGUUGAAACUUCUCUUAGAACAGUUGUUAAGGAAACAAAAGAAUUUUUGCGUCGCCUCGCUGCUAUGAAUAACACCGGUCGCAGAGUCAAGCUCGACCUCUUCGCGGAACCCUCUGGAGAUUUGGGUGGCUCCAGUGCACAUGAUGAGGUUGGAGUAGAUACAGAUUUGAAACAUCGAGCUGGGUUACCCAAUUCACCUUCUUCUUCAGGCCAGAAACCAGAGAAUCCGCUGCUUUUACUUGGUCAAUAUAGUGAUGAUGAAUUAGAAGAUGACUCGGAAAAAGCACUUGAUAAUGCAGCUGUGGAAAGUUCCUCGCCUGGCAAUAAUGAUGAGGGUGUGGUUUUGCAUGGAGAAGCUUCAGUAGAUAUUGAGGUCAAUACCGGCGAGGUACAACAUGAAAUUGAUAAAGAUUCUACUUCACUUAAUUACCAGAACCAAGAAGGUAUGGACAAAAGAGAAAGCGAUGCUGCAGCCUCGAGCGAUCUAUGCAAAGACUUGGAGACUGAACAAGUCUCCACUUCUGGAGCAUCUGAUGCACAGCUGUUGGGAGAUGUUAGUUCAGGUUGGCAGAUAGUAAUGCACGAGGAAAGCAACCGGUAUUAUUACUGGAACACAGAAACUGGGGAAACAUCGUGGGAAAUACCAGAAGUAUUAGCUCAGGUGUCUGAGCUGGGCGGUAACCAUAAAACUCCUGUUAUGAGUGAGAGAAUAGAGGACAUCUCCGUCAAUACACAAGAACCCAACUUGAGUUCAGGGGUAACAUUAGAGAAUCUUUCAGCGGCAACGGGUAUUGAUGGGUUGCAUCCGGUUGUGUGGAAUGGAGGAGUGAAUAAUGAAGUUCAAAAUGAUGCAAUUCAGAGUAAUGAUGUCAUCAACUCUGGUUCCUUUAAUGAUACCUUAGGUGAUGGGAAUUGUGAUUUACAAAUUGACCUUUCUUCCAGUCUUAUAAAACAUUGUGAGACUUUGUUAGAGACAUUGAAGUCAGUUAAAGGGUCUAAGGGGGAGCUCCAAAGUCCGGACUGCUUCUCAAAAUAUAUUUUAGAAGUUGAGAUCAGACUUUCUGAUAUUAGAACACUUUCAUCUUUUGGGUCAUCUCUACAUCAAUUUUGGGUGCACUCUGAAAGGCAGCUUAAGCGGCUUGAGGAUGCCAUUAAUGUCGAAAUUUACAAGAUUGCUGAAUCUACAGUACUUGGUGACAAACUUCAAGAGAGCAAGGUUCAUGAAUCUGAACCAUAUGGAACAGGAAAGAUUGCGCUUUUUCCUCUUUCAGAGAAUACCCACUUUACUCCUGUUAAUGCGUCUCCAUGCAUGUAUGUUGAAAGUAGUUCUGGUGACCAAGUGAAUGGUGCUGCACGUCCUGAUGAGUUAAUUCCUAAGCACGAGUCUAAUUCUGUGGAAGAUGUUGACAUGGAUGUUGACAUGGAGGUUGAAGAUGCGACUUCUGCGGGCGAUACAGCCAUUGCUGAUGAAUCACGUUUGAAGGAGUUUGCUGCACCAGAGCAAUCAAAUCAGCCCAUUCAGCCAGCAGGGCACACAUCUAUAGACUCACAGGAUGCAUUUGCUGUACCACCUCCCCCAGAUGAGGAGUGGAUUCCCCCACCACCCCCAGAUAAUGAACAGAUUCCUCCACCCCCUCCAGACGAACUACCUGAACCUGUUUAUCAUCUGCCCACAUCUUACCUUGAAACGGUGCCACCUGCUCCAUAUGCAGAACAAUACAAUUUGUCAUAUCCAAAUUCCGGUUUUGAAUAUUAUGGACAUGCAGCUACUGAUGCCCAGAGCAGUAACUUUUAUGGAAAUGCAGAAGGAUGUCAAGUUGCUGUUCCUCAAGCACCAAUCUACUACAAUGCUGUUCCAAACCCUUACACUGAAACUUCUCAGAUCACAGCUAAUCCCAUUGUGCCUGUUGCUUAUUAUGAGCUCCAAGAUGGAGUACCCCCUGCUCCUGGGACUACUAUCACAGAAUCAUCUCAAUUUCACAGGAAGCCAACUCCAAUUAGCUACGAAACUCUUGCUUCGGAUCGUAUGGCUUCUGUUGAAGCAGGCAGCAAUACUUUUACCACUGAAAAGGGCGGCCGUUCUGCCAUUGGUGGUGAGAUGGACAUGGCAUCUAAGGAGGCUCUUCCCACCACAGCCACCAUCCAAGCACCUGCAGCUGUUCCAGCAGAAGACAGUGUUGCAGUGCCAUCAACUAAUGCCAUCCCUGCUAUUGCCGCUGUUUCUGCUACCUCUACGGUUACAAAAGCUCAAUCUAAAGUUGCACGGACUAAAAAGCGGACUGUUGCAGUUGCUUCAUCCUUGAGAUCGAGUAAGAAAGUGUCCAGUUUGGUAAACAAGUGGAAGGCAGCAAAAGAAGAAUUGCUUGAAGAUGAGGAAGAGCCAAAAAAUGCUUAUGAGAUGUUGGAGAGGAAGCGGCAAAGGGAAAUAGAGGAAUGGCAUGCUCAACAGAUUGCCAGUGGAGAGGCCAAAGAUAACGCUAAUUUUCAGCCGCUGGGAGGUGAUUGGAGGGAGCGGGUGAAGCGCAGGAGAGCUCAACAAGCCAGGGAAGCUGCACGAACCUCGCCUGAGGCACAUAAUGAUGAAAACCAGGAGCAGCAGCAUCAGCAGCAGCCCAAUUUAGCUGAACUUUCCAAAGAUCUUCCAUCUGGAUGGCAGGCAUACUGGGAUGAAUCGUCGAAGCAAGUUUACUAUGGCAAUGUCGUCACUUCGGAAACUACAUGGACCAGACCAACUAAGUAGGCCAUCAUUGAGAUCCUGUAAUGAAGCGAGCAAAGAACAAGAAGGCCAUGCCUGAAACAGAAAGAAACAAAAUUACACAAACCAUUCCCACAUCAUUGAAUAGUACUUGCAUCAUUGAAUAGUGCUUUAAGAGGCAGCAACUCGGUGUCGAAAAAUCCGUACUUUCAGCGCCGAGCUGCCACCUCCUGAAGCGCUAGUCAAAGAUGUCGAAUGGUUUAUGUACUUAUCUUCUUGCUUCUUUUUGGUGUGUCGGGUAUUGCUUUACCUCUUGCUAUACAGCAAGAGCAGAAUUUUGCCCUUAUUUCAUUUUCAUUUUAUAUAUAUGAAGGGAUGAUAGAAGCGAUCAGUGACGAAAUAAUCUUACUUUCUUGCAACGAAA